UUGUACCCGCUACUGAGUAGGGACCAUGGGCCUGCUCGCGUUCCUGAAGACCCAAUUCAUCGUACAUCUCCUCAUCGGCUUCGUCUUCGUGGUGAGCGGGCUCGCCAUCAACUUCCUCCAGCUAUGCACGCUCGUCCUCUGGCCCGUCAACAAGCAGCUCUACCGCCGCUUCAACUGUCGCCUCGCCUACUCAUUAUGGAGCCCUGUCAAGAUCCUUUUUCCAAAGAAGGUCGCAGUCACAGGAUGAGGUUAGGACGUGUGUCUAACUCUUUAAGGGCCACCAUUCAAUCUACUACAGAGCUGGUCAUGCUUCUGGAGUGGUGGUCAUGCACGGAGUGCACCUUGUUCACGGACCAGGCCACGGUAGACCACUUUGGGAAGGAGCACGUGAUCAUCAUCCUCAACCACAACUUCGAGAUCGACUUCCUCUGUGGAUGGACAAUGUGUGAGCGGUUUGGCGUGCUGGGGAGCUCCAAAGUCCUUGCUAAGAAGGAGCUGCUGUACGUCCCCCUCAUUGGCUGGACAUGGUACUUCCUGGAGUUCGUGUUCUGCAAACGGAAAUGGGAGGAAGACCGGCAGACUGUGAUUGAAGGGCUGAAGCGGUUGUCUGACUACCCCGAGCCCUUGUGGUUCCUGCUGUACUGCGAGGGGACGCGCUUCACGGAGACAAAGCACCGCGUCAGCAUGGAGGUGGCUGCCGCCAAGGGGCUAGCCCCCCUCAAGUACCACCUGCUGCCUCGAACCAAGGGUUUCACCACUGCAGUCCACUGCCUCCGGGGGACAGUCACCGCUGUCUACGAUGUCACGCUGAAUUUCAGAGGGAACACGAACCCGUCUCUGCUGGGGAUCCUCUACGGGAAGAAGUACGAGGCCGACAUGUGUGUGAGGAGAUUUCCUCUGGAACAGAUCCCACUGGAUGAGAAGGAAGCAGCUCAGUGGCUUCAUAAGCUGUACCAGGAGAAGGAUGCUUUACAGGAGAUCUAUAAUCAGAAAGGUACAUUUCCAGGGCAACAGUUUAAACCUUCCAGAAGGCCGUGGACCCUCCUGAACUUCCUCUUCUGGGCCACCAUUCUGCUGUCUCCUCUGUUCAGUUUUGUCUUAGGCGUCUUUGCAAGUGGAUCCCCCCUCCUGAUCCUUACAUUCUUAGGAUUUGUUGGAGCAGCGUCCUUUGGAGUCCGUAGACUAAUAGGAGUGACGGAGAUAGAAAAAGGCUCCAGCUACGGAAACCAGGAAUUGAAGAAAAAGGAGUGAUUGAUGGCAACGGCUGAACACGUGUAACUGAUGGUGGUAUCCAAUUAACUCAAUUAAAAACAGAACAACAUACACAGAGAGAAAAAAGAGACACUUAGAAACUAUUUUUCUUAUUAACUGGUGACUAAUAUUAACAAAUAAAACUUGAGCCAAGA